UGAAUGACGUCAUGUCCCAUUGCGCGUCGCCUGUUUCCGGCUGGCUGCAAAGCCGCUGCAGUCUGUGCUUUUAUUUUGAAAGGGCGCGGUCGGUGUCCAGGGCGCGCGGCUUGACUGCGCGCCUCAGUCUCCGCCGCCGUCGUCAUGGUGCAGAUGAUGGAGUCUCAGUGUGAGUACUUCAUGUAUUUCCCGGCGGUGCCCAUCACCGACCUGUCGGACCCGGCUCGGUACCGGACCCUGCCCCGCCGGAGUCACCUGUACCUGGGGGAGACAGUCCGCUUCCUGCUGGUGCUCCGCUGCAGGGACGCGGGCGGGACACCGACCGAGCACCGCCCCGCAGAGGGCACUGACAGAGCCACGGUGGGGUUUGGGAAGGAGUCAUCCAGUUGUCGUGCGUGGCGGGAUCUAGCUGGUUCCCUGUGCGCUGUGGCCAGCGUGAGCCCCGGUGAGAGCAGUCGCCACCGAGGCAGCCAUCAACACCAUCAUCACCACGACUACCAGAGCAGCAGCGACGAGGCCAACGACGAUGGCGAGGAGGACUACAUCGCCGCUGCUGCGGCGGCCAUUGCAGCCCUUGGCAGCAGGAUUGAUUCCCGCUGUCAAAGUUUUAGGGACUGCAAACCGCUGCUCAUUCACAACUCAACAGGAACAGCAGCCCGGGAGUUCCGCAGGGCACCUGUCCAGUCUCCUCUAGACGAGCCGGUGGUUCUGACAGAUGAAGUCAUCUUCCCGCUGACCGUGUCUCUGGACAAACUCCCCGUCAGCACCCUCAAAGUGAAGGUGAUGGUCACAGUGUGGAAGAAGGAGGCGGAGAAAGCGGAGGUUCAGGAGCUCGGAUACCUGAGUGUUCUACAGCAGCGAGAGCCAACACACACCUUCAGACAUGACCUGAACACCUUCAAGGCUCAGGUCAGCACCACCCUGACCGUCCUGCCUCCUCCCACCGUCCGCUGUAAGCAGAUGACCGUCUCUGGGAAACAGCUCGCCGUCCUGAAAGUGUUGAACGAGUCGUCCCAGGAGGAGCUGAGUAUUCGGGAUGUUCGGAUCUUACCCAACCUUAACGCCUCCUACCUUCCCAUGAUGCCAGACGGCUCUGUGCUGCUGGUGGACAACGUGUGUCACCAGUCGGGGGAAGUGGGCAUGGCGUCCUUCUGCAGGGUGGUCAGCCAGGCCUGUCGCCUUCCCAGCAUGCUCAGCGCACUGGAGGAGCACGACUUCCUGUUCCAGCUGCAUCUUAACAACAUGCUGCAGGACGACUCCAACGAGGGUCUGGAGGUUUCGCUCGUGGCUGUGCUGCAGUGGUCAACUCCCAAGAUGCCUUUCACCAACUGUAUCUAUACCCACUACAGUUUGCCCAGCAUCCGUUUGGACCGUCCCCGGUUUGUCAUGACGGCGAGCUGUCCGAGUACAGUGAAGGUGAAGGAGCACUUUAAGGUCAAAUACGUUCUUCUCAACAACCUGCAGGACUUCCUGGCUGUUCGGCUUGUCUGGACUCCUGAGGGGCGUGGUCAGGGCGAGGACACGGCGCUGGCGGCGGUGGUUUGCCACACCCCCCUCAGUAACCUGGGUCACUGUCGUAAGGGCAGCACUCUGUCCUUCAGCGUGUCCUUCCAGAUCCUCAGACCUGGACUCUAUGAGCUGAGUCAGCACAUGAAGCUGAAGCUCCAGUUCACGGCGUCGGUCGCCAACCCGCCGCCUGACGCUCGCCCGCUCUCACGUAAGAACAGUCCAUCCAGCCCUGCCGUUCGAGACCUGCUGGACCGACACCAGGCCAGUCUGGGUCGGUCCCAGUCCUUCUCCCACCAGCAGCCGUCUCGCUCUCACAUCAUGAGGACGGGCAGUGCCAUGGAGCGGCGGGCCAUCACGCCACCCGUGGGCUCUCCUGUGGGCCGGCCCCUCUACCUGCCACCGCAGGACAAAAGCCUGCUGUCCCUGGACAAGAUUGCAAAGAGGGAGUGUAAAGUCCUGGUGGUGGAUCCCGUCGGCUAGAAGACGUUUCCGCGUUUCUUAAGUCAGUGGAAAGUCACAGCAGACUUUGUUCCCUUCGAUCAAAAACACACCAACGCGACUGUACAGGUUCUGAUUCUCUGUUAAAUUAUUUCUGUUAUGUCACACACGAGACCUCGGAAACUUUGACAUGUUUCAACAUGUUUUGAAAGUCGUGACCUGAUUUAUUUCAGUGUUAUUUACAAUCAGUAUAAAGGAUUCAAACAGAAAAGUCUCAGGUCGGUGAGGAGUUUGGAACCAAAUUUACUUGAUUUUUACAUUUUUCACAAUUUUUCAUUUUUAAUUUAAAGAAACAUUCAAUCAAACUGAAACAUAAACGUGUUCUUAUUUAAUAUGUUUUGAGUUUUGAAAACAAAACAAUCAACAUUAUUUUCUUUUGCUCACAAACAAAAUGUUAUUAAUGAAUGAAAACGUAACUGAAACAUUUAUAAACACAACAAAUUAAAACGCCGACAAACUCUGACUUCCUGGAAAUGUUGCUUAUUGAGCCGUUGAUGUAUUAUUGUUGUUUUCAAAAAGAACAAAUAAACAAAUGUGUGAAA